UAGCAAUUAGCUUCCUCCAUGACCUCGUCCUUCCCAACCUCUUUCCCAGUCUCCUUCCUCUCCGGCCGGCACACCCCAACCUUUGACAUGGCACACACGACAUACGGAAUAAUCAUGCAAUGAACCCCUCCUGUGCCGCAGCUUCCCUGUUCUGAGCUGCUGCACCUCCCACACACCUCACCCAGAACAAGGCAGCGGCUUCCUGAUCUCUCUGCUAUCUGAGCUCCCCUCACCCAGCUCGAAGCAUCUGCACGUUACGUUUCUCCUCCCGCAUCCGCAAGGCUUUGCUGCAGUAAGCUCUGCCCCCUUCUCCUCGUACUCUUCCAAACCCCAACCAGCUCGCUCCCUCAAAGCCGUUUCACUCGCACAAAAUACGCAGCCCCCGAAUCUUCCUCGUUGGCGUCGUUGCGUGAAACACUCCUCCGGAGACUCCACACUCCAAAUUCCUCCCGUAGAAUUGUCUGGCAUCCUUUUGUGUUCCUCCAUUUCUUUUUUUUCUCACCAAAAAGUCAAUCCCAUCACCUUGACGCCUACUUGCUUCCUACGACUAGCGCCGCAUUUUAAGGUAUCGCCCAGAGACAGCCGCAUUCGUCAGCGUUGUUGCCCGUCUCAACCCGCCACCCUCGCUGUGGGUUCCAAGGGAACGGCUUCCUUUUCUGCCAUUUUCAUCGAGUUUUCCUUCCCAAAAGGUUUCUCUUACCUGUGCUGACUUGAGCCGUGAUAGAAGGGCAGCCGACGAAGAGAAUCCACCUUUUCAAACGCUCGUCCUUGUGCGAUUGAGUUGGCCGAGUGACGACGAGAGUUGAGCUACCCAACUUCAACCUACUUCGCCGCGGAGGCCGUCGUCCACAAUGGUUUCCGUGACCAUCACCUACAAGCAGCCCGGGACGCAGCCUCCCAUCUUUGUCGCCGGCUCCUUCUCGAAUCCAAAAUGGGAGCCCCAGGAGAUGGACUUCACCACCGAAGAUGGUGGAGAACACACGUUCUACAAGAACAUUGAAGUUCGGCCAAACGCGCAGAUCGAGUACAAGUUCCGUGUUGGUCUAGGGGACUGGUGGGUUCUUAACGAGACUGCAGCUAUAGUCACCGACGGAUCUGGCAAUCGUAACAAUCUCCUCACAGCACCUGCGUCCCAAGAGUUGAAGGAACUCAACGGUGUGAACGGCGACAGCCAAACUGCAAGCGAAAACGCCUCAACUUCCGAAGACUUGGACGCCUCAAAAGCUCCCAGAGAGCAUACUGCUGCCCAAUUUGAGCCGAAAAUAAAGCUCCAAGAUCGUCUGAAGGACGAGGAGCGGCAAAGACUCUCGUCGACCCCGAUCGGCCAAGUUGCGGACACCGCCGCAGAGGUCGCUGAUACCGCUGAGAAACUUGACGCCGAGGUCGACAUGUCUAGACUUGCAGCGCUCCCCAAGGGUGUGGAGCACCUCAAGGAUGAGGAGAGGAAGCGCCUGUCUUCGACACCGAUUGAACAAGUUGCGAGCACUGCGGCUGAGGUUGCCGAUUCUGCCCAGAAGCUGGACGCUGAUGAGGAUCUUAAGGAAGAGGACUCGGACGACUCUCCUGCACCAUUGUUCGCUCACGAAGCUCUUGGACCCUACGAGCCUUCAGCUGAUGACGAAGAUGAAAUUCCAAAGGACUACGACCAUCAUGGCACUGUGGAGUACGAUGUCGACAAGUAUGACCUCAAUGAUCCCACCCUCGAGCGGUGGCCCUCUAACAGGGACGGAAUCAUCGAUGCCGUGCGCAAGGUCGAGACUGGGCGCAACGAGGAUCAGACUGCUUUCUACGGCGCGCCUAUUUCACCUAUCAAUGGAAUACGCCGAGCUAGUGCUGAUCAAUACUUCGAUGAAGCUGUCCUUUCGUCAGGCCCCUCUAGUCCAGCUUCCACCAAGAGGCUGGAGCUUCCGCGAAAGUCACACGGCUCCAUGGUCUCGGACAGAUCGCUCCUUUCUCUGGGAUCAAUUGCCGAAGAGGAUAAGGAGACUCCGAAUGCCGAUGAGGCCAAUCGCGAGAAUGAGGGCUUGGUCAGAGUUCCGAGCCCCGCGGUACGGCCAACGCCGCAUGCUUUUACACCACCUGGGAGUGACGAUGACGAGGGAGUCGUUAUGAAAGGCUCCAAGUCCAGGAAAAGCUCAGAUUCGUCAAGCUCAGAUUCACCUGCUGUCAACGUCCAGUCCAACGGCAAGCAGUCGAGGGAUCUGUCGCCCAAGACUCGGCCCGCUGAGCCUGAUAGCCCUGCCAUUCGCGUCGAGCCGCCCCAAGACAGAGCAAGCUCCAGUGUCAGUCAGGAUGGUGAACUGGCAGGGGCUUCUGCUUCGAGCCCCGGCGGCGAGGCAACGACCUCCGGCCGCGAUGGUGGUCACAAAGGCCAGCUCAAAAAGCGCGGGCCUGCAUCGACCGAGCGUCCUGGAACCCCUUCCUCAAUACACAGCGUUACAGACAGCAAAGGAGGCUGGCUCCAGGCCUUCUUCCGCGUAUUAUUCGUAGACUGGAUUGGUGGACUGUUUAGCCGGUUGUUCGGCAGCAAGAGAAAGGCGAUGCUGGCCACGAGCACGGCUGCCAUCGUUGUAGGAGUUGCAUGGUGGAAGUUCGCCAUGGGCGGCGACUUGACCUGGCUUGAAGCAUUGAUUUGAUGGGUUACACAAAGAUGGGAAGGGUGUGUGCGGGCUGAAAUUGCAAAGUACCGGAGGUUGCGGUCAAAACAAAACAAACUUUUGAUUUGUACAAUUAGGUAAUGGGUCGUGGAAAGUAUCGUUAUGGAGGACGAAGAAUCGAUAACCAACAGCGGAAGUGGUGGAUGAUAGCGGAAAGCAGAAGUUGCGUUGAGUGAGCAUCAAAACAGACUUUGAUAUUCGAUGAUUUUGACGCCGAAACAUCUUUUUUCUGUUCAGGGUGCCUCCCCGGGAACCAUUGCUUGCUUGCCUGCUGGCUUAC